CUGUUUGUUCAUGGCUGGAGAUAGAACCUGUAGAGUCUGUUUGCAUGGAGUUAAGCCAAUAUGAGGAAGAGGCCUAGCUCACUCUCAUUAUCUUCCUGCUUUUUCCUUCUUCUGGCACGCAGUUGGUUAAUUGCUCCUGGCUGAGUUGCUCAUUCAGGUGUGGCUUUCUCACAGCCUUCUGACGUCCUGCUGUAGAGUUAGGAAACUGCAGAGAAAGUUAGAGAGCUCUGAGAACAAUGGCCGACCCUGACAUCUCUAGCAAGCCAGUCUCCAAAUGCCAGAGCUGUGGAGAAAUUUCAACCAUUGCACCUGCAGAGCACCCCAAGGUGAUCAAGUAUUGUAAAAGCCACUCUGUGACGGAGCUGGGAUCGUUGAAGGUUACGUCCAAAGGCUCCACAACGGCCACCAUAGGUAAUGUGCAUCCUCCAGUAGACAAGAUAUCCACGGAGGAGCUUGAGGGAGAUGCAGUCUUGUGUGACUAUUGCUUAGAGGGAAAGGUCAGAGCGGUGAAGACAUGCCUUACCUGCAUGGUGAAUUACUGCACCACCCACCUCAGACCCCACUUAGAUAACCCCAAGCUGCAUUCCCACCAGCUGGUGCCCCCUAUGAAUGAUACCGAAUUUCGGACUUGCGCUGUGCACAAUAGACCACUGGAGAUGUUCUGCAAGUCGGACCUGAUUUGUAUUUGCCAGGAAUGUGCAGAGGGGGAGCAUAAAGACCACCAACCAAUACCCUGUGCUGAGGCAAGGAAGCAAGUGGAGGCUGAAGUACAGCAAAUAGUGUCCCAAUAUGACUGGAAGCUGAAGUCGGCUGAGAACGCCAUUGUCAAAUUAGAGGCCAAUACCACAUCGAUACAGAAUUCUGUAAUUGAAGCCAGAAAGUCUAUUGAUCUCCAGUUUGAAGAACUACAGGAAGCAGUGAAGAAAGCCCAUUCCAAAGUCCUGGAGUUCUUGGACCAGCGAGAAAAGGCAGCUAUCAACCAGUCUGUAGGGAUCAAGACCCACAUGGAGCAAAAGUGCAAUGACCUGAAGAAGACCAAAGCCAAGGUCGAGGGCAUUGCAAAACACAAGAGCGAGUUCUGUUUCCUACAGGAGUAUUGCGAGUUUAAGAAGUCUACGGGUGACGACACAAUCCCCAGUGUUUAUAUUGGGCUUAAGGACAAGUUGUCCGGAAUCAAGAAGGUGGUGACGGAGUCAACGGAAAAAUUUAUUCAGCAGCUGCUAACCUCCUACACAGAUAAGCUUCAAGAGUUUGCAAAGGAAGAGGAGAUACUAAUUAAGAACGUGGUGUCGGCUAUUGUCCCUGCCAGUCACAGGAUAUCGGCUCCGGAGCCCUCGACAAGAGAAGAGUUCUUAAAAUAUAAAUCGAUUGUUACACUGGACCCAGCGACGGCUCACUGUUUUCUGAGACUGUUACAAAACAACCGCAAAGUCUCCAACUCUUCCCCGUGGCAGCAGGCCUACCCCGACCUCCCGGAACGGUUUGAGAACGUCCACCAGGUCCUCAGUGCAGAAAGCUUUUACAUGAGCCGCCACUAUUUUGAAGCAGAGUUCAAAGGCGAGGCCUUCCACAUCGGCGUGACCUAUAAAUGCAUUGACAGGAAGGGUGCGGAGAGCAACAGCACCAUAACAGGCAACGACUUCUCCUGGACCCUAAAGUGGAACGGCAAAGAGUUCUCAGCCUGGCACAAGGAUGUAGCGAUCUCGAUAAUAUCGGGGAAGUUUUCCAGGAUCGGCGUCUAUAUUGACCACCAGAGAGGAACCGUGGCAUUCUAUGGUGUGACCGACGUGAUGACGCUCCUGCACAAGUUUGAGGGAACUUUUGCAGAACCCUUGUAUGCAGCCAUCUGGCUUCCCAAGAAGGAAAAUUCAGUGACUAUUAUUGAGCCGGAUGACAUGGCCCAACCUGUGGCGGCAGUGUCGCCAUCUGAGGCCAAUGUACCGACAACCACCUCUGAAAAAACCAUCACGUCAAAUACCAAGACCGAGGUUACCAUCAGUACCACUGUUCAGACCAUCAAGGUGAAGAAAAGCACUACAGAUGCCUCAACUGUGUCUUCUGAUGGGAAACCGAACAACCAAAUAAUGUUAGAGUCCGAACAAAGGUUGACGAAAAUCACCACGAUGUAGGUCCGCAGCUCAUGUUAUCUAACACUGCCUAAGACUGAUACUGUGUCUGUUGGUUUUA